GCACGUGAUGCAAUCACAAUACGAAAACGUGUGCAAACCUCCUAUAUACUGUGUGUGGUGUUGACUGCCAAGUUUUUACUGGGGAAUGGAGGAGAUUGGUGUGCUCGUUUCUAGUGAACUGAAGAGUCAAAGUCGUUCACCACAUCAGCCAUCCACUUCUUCAGAAGGUGUUCUAGUUGGUGAUGAUUUGUACAUCCAUUACAAAAACCUUCAGAAGCAACUAGAAUUCUUACAGGUACAGGAAGAUUACAUAAAAGAUGAACUAAAGAAUCUCAGAUCUGAGUAUUUGUAUGCUCAAGAAGAAGUGAAACGUAUACAGUCUGUGCCACUUGUAAUUGGACAGUUUUUGGAAGCUGUAGAUCAAAACUACGGAAUUGUUGGUAGCACAAUGGGACCAAACUACUACGUUCGCAUACUGAGUACCAUUGACAGAGAGCUGUUGAAGCCAAACUCAUCAGUUGCUCUACACAAACACUCCAAUGCAUUAGUAGAUGUUCUUCCUCCCGAGGCUGAUAGCUCUAUUGCUAUGCUAAGUGCAGAUGAGAAGCCAGAUAUCUCUUACGCUGACAUAGGUGGAAUGGACAUACAAAAGCAGGAGAUGAGAGAGGCAGUAGAAUUGCCUCUCACACAGUUUGAGCUGUAUAAGCAGAUUGGAAUAGACCCUCCUCGAGGUGUGCUCAUGUUUGGACCGCCUGGAUGUGGUAAAACAAUGCUGGCCAAAGCUGUUGCUCAUCACACAACAGCCUCUUUCAUUAGGGUUGUUGGAUCUGAGUUUGUUCAGAAGUACCUAGGAGAGGGUCCACGCAUGGUGAGGGAUGUCUUCCGCUUGGCGAGGGAGAAUUCUCCAGCUAUCAUCUUUAUAGAUGAGAUUGAUGCUAUAGCAACAAAGAGAUUUGAUGCUCAGACAGGAGGUGUGCUUGCCACCACCAUCGCCAUUUUGUUACAUAUGCACCAACAUUACCAAGUUAUGCUUCACAGGGAUACCAAAAACCAUACUAGCUUAGUCUUGUCUGUUUCUGAAUAGUGUGGAGUGCUUUUAAGGGGAAUGUGGCACUGUUACUAAAAAUAAAUAUAAGCACUAAUGUGCAAACCGUCGGCAAACUGCACACACGGUACCGCUAAUUGAUGGGCUGGGUUACAAGUCGAGGUAUAUAAGCCUGUGCUAAUUUGCAUAUGGGCUUGUUCACUUGCUUUUCAACUUUUGAACGCAGUAGUUAUUUAAAACAUGAAGCCAGUGUAGCGAUGAACCCGUUGGCAUCGCAGUUUUAUUGUCUCGUUGCGUGUGGUCGCAGAAAACGUGGUAACAGACAGAUGGACAGAACACACACAAACACACCAACAGAACAACAGUACUGUAACCCUUACUGCGUGACUAAAUGCAGAAACUGACUCGACUAAGCUAAUUUACUUUCUUUCAAAAGCUGACCGUGAAGUACAGCGUAUUCUCCUGGAACUGUUAAACCAAAUGGAUGGAUUUGACCAGUCCGUGAAUGUGAAGGUGAUAAUGGCCACAAACCGUGCUGAUACUCUUGAUCCAGCUCUUUUGAGGCCAGGGCGGCUAGAUCGAAAAAUUGAAUUCCCUUUGCCUGAUCGUAGACAGAAACGCUUAAUAUUCUCUACUAUAACAGCAAAGAUGAAUCUGUCAGAGGAAGUGGAUCUAGAGGAUUAUAUUGCUAGGGCAGAAAAAAUCAGUGGAGCAGACAUCAAUGCCAUCUGUCAAGAGGGUGGUAUGCAAGCAGUGAGAGAGAAUAGAUAUAUCAUUCUCUCCAAGGACUUUGAAAAGGCUUACAAAAAAGCUAUACGGAAAGAUGAUCAAGAACAUGAUUUCUAUAAGUAGGUCUCUCGUGUUUUCUGUACAUGAUCAAAUUUACGUUCAACAAUCAUUAUUGGAAAAAUUAUGUGGCGGUUCCCCGGUGUUGUGUCUGUGGUCGCUAUUCACUGGAA